AUGGAGGAAUAUGCGCCAAGUCGCUAUAAAAUGCUCGAGAAAAUCGGCGAGGGUGUCCAUGGCUGCGUUUUUAAGGCCAUCGAUUUGCAGCGCAACAAGGAGGUGGCCAUCAAAAAGGUGGCCCUCAAGAACAAGUUCGGUAAUAUAGCCCUAAAUACCUUGCGGGAGAUCAAGACCCUGCAGCUCUGCAAGUCGGAAUAUAUUCUAGACAUCAUUGAGAUAUACCCCGACCUGACUGGCCUCUCCUUGGUGCUGGAGUAUCAGCCGGAUACCCUGUACAGUCGCCUCAAGAGCGAGGUAAAUCCCCUAAGUCGUCAGCAGGUGCGCAAGUUCGCACAUCAAAUGUUCAAGGGCAUCGCCUACCUCCACGAGGCAGGUCUGAUGCACCGGGACAUAAAACCAGCCAACCUGCUAAUUAGCGACACCGAUAUGCUUAAGAUCGCUGACUUUGGCCUGGCCCGUCUCUACUUUCCUGAGGAGGAGGCGCGGCUCUACUCGCCGCAGGUGUCCACUCGCUGGUAUCGAGCCCCAGAGAUCCUCUGGGGCAGCCAGAAGUACGGCACUGGGGUGGACAUGUGGGCAGCAGGUUGUGUUGUGGCGGAGAUGCUCCGGGGAGUGCCACUAUUCGCUGGUACCACCGACAUCGAGCAGUUGGCCAUCAUCAUUCGCACUCUGGGCAGUCCCCGGCUAAAUCAGUGGCCAGAGCUGACUUCCUUGCCAGACUACAGCAAAAUACGCUUUCCCAACUCCGUGGGCAUUCACUGGGAUAACCUAUUUCCCAGCUGCACACACGCGGUGGAAAUCAAUCUAGUCUCAAACCUGGUUGUUUACAAUCCCAAGAACCGCCUCAAAGCCAGCGAGGUAGGUUCGAUUGACAAGUUGGAAUAACCGGUGGUAUU